AUGGGGGUCGUUGGAUCGGGUAAGAGGACCCGGCCCGUUCUUGUUCUGUUGGGCAUGGCGACGUUUGGCUGCGACUGCGGUGCCGAGGUGCUGCUGAGGUCCACGAGGUUUGCGUCGCUAGUUGGCUCGUUAUAUGCCGGUCGCUAUGCAGGUGAGUCUGCUGCGUCUGGGCGGACCAUGUCAAAGACGAGAUUUCAAUCUUGA